AUGGCUCCUCCCACAGGCCUAACUGACGGGGCUAUUGCUAAGCAGACCCCCAGUAGCCCCAUUGGAGGCCCGACUGCGGCUGAAAUCGCCCCCGUCGAUCCUGUCGGCGGGCCCUCACUGGGCCCUAAGCGGCGGUUGUCUCACGCGGGCUCUGUUUCGGACACUUCAGGGGCGUCCACGUCCUCUGCAGGCUCCCCUGUAGCAGCCUGUGCUGCGAAGAGCCCUAAGCCUGUCAAGUAUAGGUCCAUAUCAUCCACAGAUGUUCGUGAAGCACGUCCUGCUUCCACAGCAGCAGCAACAGCAAGAUCGGGGGAUGGGGAGGUGGUCGUGCUUGUGCGUCCGAAGUUGCGGGGCAAGAUCCACUUGAUGCUUCUGUUUCUGGCCCCUAUUUGGACGCUGUUGCUGCUGAACGCUUGUAGGAGCCUCCUUAGUUUCGUUGCUGCUGCUGUCAGUUGCCUUUCGUUCCUCGCGAAUUUUGCCGCAAGCGCGCUGCUGCACAGCGGAAGCUUUGGUCCCCAGUGGAGCUCUCUUUUUGUUAAACUGGAUCAUGCAGGUAUCUUUGUGGUUAUCAGCAGUUGCACAACUCCCAUUCCUCUCUUGCUGCUGGACUUUUGGCCCUCUGUGCUGCUCCUGUCUGUACAGGGCCUUGCAACACUCUACGUGGCUUGUGCUGCCCCCACAUUUGUGGCGAGUUUCUUAACUAGGAGUACGGUUGAUCCUUCCGUGUUCAUUAUUUCAGGCUUUUGGACCAUCCUGUUCGGCAAUUUGUCAUCAGGAGCUCGCCAGCGCCGGGCCUUAACAUAUAUAUUGAUAGGUUUACUGCAUGCAUGCUUCCUAAGGGUUUACAUCUCAGUCUUAACCCUUAAGGAAUUCAGCCUGGUUAUAUUUCUUGCUCUUUUUUAUAUUAUAGGCGCUCUGGUGUAUGGACACCAGUGGCCAGAUCCCUUCCCAUCUCUCUUCGGUUUCCAUGAGCUCUUUCAUCUGUUCUGCUGCAUCAGUUUCGUGCUCACGCUGUGGCUUAAUUACGAAGUCAUCAGCAGAGCUGAAAGCAGUAUGAAGAGCAGUAGCAGUUGA